AUGUCCCAUGGAUUUUUAUUAAAAAAAAGAAGCCAUGCAUUGAAUUACAGUUAUAUAGAUAUGAAAGUAAAAUCGUAAUUUUAUUUAGUAUUUCUGUUUAAAAUUAAGAAAGAAUGAUCUAACAUUGAUAUUUUCUGCGUAUUUCAUCAACUUCUUUAUGAAGUGUUCUCUAGUAACAGUAAAUUUUGAAAUUUUGUAUUAAUAAUAACAGCAGCUAUAUCUUUUUCAUCAUAAUGUUUAAUUUAUUUAGUUGCUUCCAAAGUUUAUUUUUUCUUAAAAUGAUUCUUCAGUUCCAUAUCCAUCAAGAUCCAAUAAUAAAUUAUUUUCUUUUGAUAUUUUUAAUUUCCAUUUAUUCUUAAACUCUGAAUUAACAUAAAUAAUUUUUAUAUUAAUAGAAUUUGAUUUCAUUGAUGAUUACAAGAAGACACAUAUAAUAACAUCAUAAAUACAACAAUCAAAGUCUGAAAUUUAAGAAAUUAUUUGAGACAUAAAGAUAAGAAAAUAAGAUUAAGGAGAUUCAAGUAAAGUUAGAUAACUUCAAGAUCAUACAAGAAUAAAAAAUGGAGUUUAAAUGUAAUGUUGAGAAUAAUUUGGAAAAGAUAUAUAGUCAGAUUAAAGCACAAAUAUUUACAAUUUAACAAGAAAAAUAGUCUUUAUUAGACAAUUUUUAAAAUUUAACAUAAUUUCUAAGAGGAAGUUAAAUCUCUUUCUGAAUUUCUUUCAACAGAGACUUAAGAAAAAUAGUUAGAAUUGUAUUAGGAUAAUUAAUUUAUGGAUGAAAUUGCUAACUAAUUUGACCUUUUAUUAAUAGUUCAUCAUAUUUCUAAACAAUUGACACUUUUAAGGAUUGUAAAUAGAAAAAGAAUCAAAUUAAUUAAAAUAACUAGAUUGAAUUAAUGUCAAUUCAAAAUAAACAUAGUUAAGUAAAUAUUAUCAAAAUUUAAGAAAACACCUAGUUUAAACAAAAUUUGUCCUUCUCAUAAUAAAGAAAUUAUUAUGAUUGAAAUAAAUAGUAAACUUAAAAAAAUAGAAGAGAGAUUUGCCUGUGUUGAUUGUAUUAGUGAUCAUCCCAAUUGCCAAUAUCGAACUAUUGAAAAAAUUAAUUAGUAAUGGAAUCACACCAAGAAAAAGGAGGACAGAAUAUUUUCUGAUUUGAAGAUGAAAAGAUAAGAAAAUUGA